AUGCCGCAGGACCGCGAUCCACGGACCAUCUCUCAGGGCCAUCUUAUUCGACCGCAAAGUGCCAGUCCAUCACUACAGUCGACCUCUGCAUCAAGCUUUAUGGGUCACGAGCCACAUGAUUCUGCUCGAGGUGGCGUACACUUCCCCACCAGGCUCCCAAUUGCCAGUUGGAGGAAUCGAGGAUCAAGCGAUCACGUUAGGCCUGCGAGCUCUGCCUCCCUAGUGCGAGUGAAGUCCUGGUCAGCAUCACAAUCUUCGAACUCUCAAGGGCAGGAUGCAGUGAUAAAGCAGCCGCGAAUUGGUUUUUCAUCCGCUGGUGACUUCUGCAGAGUCUCCGAUGUCACAACCGAUGCAGACGCUUCCGCUCGCCGGGGCGGACGCACCGAUGUAGACGCUAGUUCUCAGCGAGCGAAGCUCCGAUCGGCGGCCUUUUUUACUCGUCCACCAAGAGCUAUCAGCGGUCCAAUAAAGGCCUCUGCGCCGAGAAGGACUCCCAUCGACCAGCCGCAUCAUUGCUCUCCGCUAUCAUCUUUGCAAAAAGCCUGGUCUUACUCACCAGCGGACCUCCCAACAUCUUCGGAUCAUUCCAUCUUCGUCGCGACCAAAGGACGUAGUUUGAGGUAUCAUGGGUCAGAACCGUCAACUCCGAUUCAUCCCGUCGAGCAACUCACCCACAACCCCACCCCCAGUUAUCAACAAGCAGGAACAAGUGACCAACAUUCGUUUUACGAUGAUCCUAGGUACGAGAGACUCGAGAGCAAUUACAGAUACCUCGAAUUGCAGUAUAUUGAAGCCGAGGCCAAUGUCGAGCGCGAGAGAACCAUGACUUCGGCAAAGGAAGUGUUGGUGGAAAAUCUGCAGAAGCAGCUGCAGUACGAACUACAGUUGCGUCGUCAUGCCGAGGACGAGAUACUCCAUAUGGAUAGGACAGAGCAGCUGGAACGUGUCAUUCGCCGUGUCGAGACCAAUGUCACCAAGAUGUUCAGUGAGCAAAACAGAGAGAUCACCCGGCAGACAGCUUUCAUGCUUCCUAUCUACCAAGAAAUCGGCAGGUUGAAACAUGAAAUGAAUCGACAGAGCAGCCGCAUUGGAGAAAUAGAACAACACAUUGCAAGACAUGCAGUCGCAGUAGAAGCCCUGUCAGACCAUCAAGUGGAUACUGCCCAACAAAUUCAUGAGUUACACGGUUUGAUCGAUCAGCCAUUCCGGGAUUCAUGCCAAAUCCUCCAAACCGCGGCACUGACGCUAGAAACCUUCGUGGAAAACGAGACACAAGAUCGCUCUAUAUUGCAGCGUGGGCGCAGGUGCUGCUGCGAGGAAGUGGUGAGCCUAUGCGGCGAGAUAAGCAGAGCGCAAGAUGCACAGAUCUCGCAGCAGCAGCAGCAGAACGCUGGACUAUCAGCAAUUCAGAACCAACAGGCCUUGAGGUACACUCUGCUGACAGCCAAGGUUGAAAGCCUCGAGAGGCGCCACGCCGUAGUGGCAAACCAAUUGGCGUCUUGA